AUGCGACAUCUAGCGGACCGACGGAGAAAGACGCGAAACGCAGUGACAUUACGCCACCGUGAAGUAGGGCCUUGAGGGGCAGAGUUAGAAAAAAUUGCAGAAUAGAGCUCAGUGACCCAGGAUCCUCACCGUCGUCGUCGCCCCGCCACGUGGUACCUGCCGCUUCAACAUCUCCCAAACACAUGAGGGCGCACCUCCCAGCAGUUCUCAAAAGACGAAAUCACCUCAUCGUUGGAUGCAAUGGGUGACCCCACAAUUGCUAUCAGUACACAAAGACAGGUGAUUACCAUUGGAAGCGCUAGUGAACCUCAGCGACUAUGGCAGUUUCUUGCAGCAAUCGUAGUGACAAUUGGACCUUUUGGAUUGGGAAAUGCCCUGAGCUGGAGUGCACCCGCGAACAGCUUCUUAAAGGAUGAUAAAGGAUUUACGAUAGAACAAACGUCUUGGAUUGGAGCUUCCAUGGCGCUUGGUGCUGCUGUAGUUGUAAUUCCUUGUGGGGUCCUUAUGGACUUCGUUGGUUUGAAGAAAACUAUGUUAUUGUUAGUUCUGCCCUUUUUUGCUGGAUGGAUGCUACUUGUAUUUGCAGAUGAUCUUUGGAUGUUUAUCCUUGGUAGAUUCAUCACUGGUAUGAUGGGAGGAGCAUUUAGUUUAACUGCUCCGGCAUAUACCAGUGAAAUAGCUGACGUCCAGAUUAGAGGAAUGUUGGGCAGUUUUUUCGAUUUGAUGCUGACAAUUGGCAUUCUAUUUGUGUACAUUCUUGGUGCUGUACAACUCAAUGUCAAAUUAUUGACGAGUAUUUGUGCAGCUUUCCCUCUGGUAUUUGGAAUAUUAUUUCUCUGGAUGCCCGAGACGCCCACACAACUGCUUAAAAAAGGAAAAGAAGAAGAAGCCCGGAAUUCACUUCAGAAGUUUCGAGGACCUCAUUAUGAUAUUGACGAUGAGAUUCGUGAAACAAAAGAUGCUGUAGAGACAGCAAAACAUAUGAAGCUUUCAUUCAUUCAAUCUUUUUCUACAAAAGCUGCACGAAAAGGGUUGUUAAUUACUUGUCUAUUGAUGGCCUUCAUUCAACUGGGUGGAAUCAAUGCUGUGAUUUUCUAUGCAACAGAUAUUUUCUUAAAUGUUGGCAGCUCAUUGGAAGCUGAUACAUGUACAGCCAUUAUUGGCGUUGUGCAAGUUGUUUCCACAUUUAUCUCCUCACUAAUUGUGGAUCGUCUUGGACGUCGCAUCCUCUUGAUCAUUUCAGGUCUUGUAAUGUCAAUUUGUUGCGUACUCCUUGGUGUCUAUUUCUACUUAGACGAUAAGGAGGAUUUUGUUGCAAACGAUAUUAGUUGGUUGCCUCUGGUAAGCGUGUGUCUGUUUAUUGUUGCCUUUUCAUUGGGUUAUGGUCCAAUCUCAUGGUUGCUGGUUAGUGAAUUAUUUCCGGCAAAUAUCAAGGGGAGAGCAAGUUCAAUUUCAUGCAUGGUAAAUUGGUUCAUUGCGUUUCUUGUUACAAAAUUCUUCAGUAACCUAGAACAGGCCUUUAAACUUGGCCCAACAUUUUGGAUUUUUGCUGCUAUAUCAGCAGUUGGAACCGUAUUUGUUUAUAUUUUCGUUCCUGAAACGAAAGGGAAAUCUCUUGUCCAAAUUCAGAAAGAACUUGGCGGUAAUGAGGCAGAAGCAAAUAUUUCAGUUAUACCAUAA